CUUGGGAUUCCAAAGCGCAAGCAUCUUCAGCAGGAAUGAAUUUCGCUAUUGAACAGGCUUCGCGUGUACACGUAGCGGCCUCAGUUUGCGGCAAAUGCGGUGAUCAAAUUUUCAGGACUGCCGGGUGAUAUUUGCCGGAAAAUAUUCAAUUAUUUUUGAAUAUUUAUAGACAUUUCAUUCCAUUUUAUAUACCUUUCGGGGUUUCGGUUGAGGUUAUGUCAGCCGGUGUGCAGGACCAGAGGAAGAAUCCCCAGCUACAAGGAAAUGGUUCAAAGGAGAGCGGCGGCGGUGUAGCGGCUGUGGACCUGCCCGACGAGCAGCCGGACGUGUGGCGCUCGCAGCAGCACAGCUACGGCGCCGCCGGCAUGCCCGCCUCGGCCGACCCGUACCUGUCGAGCUACUACGGCGGCGCCGCCGGCUACCCGCCCUACCAGGCGUUCGGCGUCGGUGACGGUGCCUGGAGCAGCGGCGGCGACCACCUGGCCUUCAUGGGCGGCUACAGUCAGCCGCCCGUGCAGCCCGACAGCUACGGCGCUGACGCCAUGUUCGGACAGGGCUUCGGCGGCUUCGGCCAGCCGGGAUUCGGCGGGUACGGGCCGUUCCACGGCAGCGGGGACUACGCGGCCGGCUGGGGCGGCGCCGGCGUCAGAAAGUACGAUGACUAUUACCGCGGUGACCCGGCCGCGUACGGCGGCGAGGAGCGCUCCAUCAAACAGGUGGAGCAGGGCAUGCAGGGACUCAGUAUGGACGCCAAGGACGAGCCGGGCAGCGCCGAGCCGCCGCCGGGCGCGCCGCAGAAAAAGUCGUGGGCGAGCAUCGCCAGCCAGCCGGCCCGGCCCAGCUCGCUGCAGCGCAAGCCGCCGACGCCGGCCGGCAACGGCACAGGCGUCGUGCCGGUGGGCCACGGAGGGCCGCCGCCGCCGCGGGAUGUGAUUGGGGUGUGGGAGGGCAGGGGCGGCCCGGUGCCGGCGCCGGCCCCCGCCCGGCCGCCGUGGACGGCGCCGCGCGCCCGUCCGCCGCCGCAGGGACCGCCGCCGCCGCCCGCGCACCCGGUGCUCGACGAACUGCGUGACCGCAACGAGUACAACCCGCGCGAGUUCGACCUCAGUGCCAAAGAGGCUCGCUUCUUCGUGAUCAAGUCGUACUCGGAGGACGACAUCCACCGCUCCAUCAAGUACGAGAUCUGGGCCAGCACUGAGCACGGCAACAAGCGGCUGGACUCGGCGUUCCGCGAGCGCGACGGCAAGGGCCCAGUGUACCUGCUGUACUCGGUGAACGGCAGCGGCCACUUUUGCGGCAUGGCGCAGAUGCUCUCGCCCGUGGACUAUAGCUCGUCGUCCUCGGUCUGGGCGCAGGACAAAUGGAAGGGACAGUUCAAAGUGAAGUGGAUUUACGUGAAGGACGUGCCGAACUCUCAGCUGCGUCACAUUCGGCUGGAGAACAACGAGAAUAAGCCGGUGACAAACUCUCGUGACACGCAGGAGGUGCCGGCCGACAAGGGCCGCCAGGUGCUCAAAAUCAUCCACGCGUUCAACCACCGCACCUCCAUCUUCGACGACUUUGUACACUACGAGCAGCGUCAGGAGGAGGAGGAGGGUCGCCGGCCGGCGCCGCGGGAUCACGCCAAGGCGAGCGAAGAGCCGUCAGGGGCACGGGCCGAGUGUCGCGGCGAUCGGGGCCGCGGCAAGGGUCGGCGCAACUAGCCGGCCACCUGGCGCCGACCGCCGACACUGCAGUGACGCGCCGCGGCCGCUAGAUGGCAGGGCAGCGCCGGCCGAUAGCACAGUGACGGUUUUUGGACGGUAGAUGGCGUGCCACAGGGACAUCUGGACUGACUGAGUGAGAGCGCGAGAGGGAGACAGAGGGGCUGGAGAGACGUUGGGCGUGGCGCGCGCGCCCGGGCACUCGUCCCAGACUGCUGCCGCUUAUGGACGCGAGAGGCGACACGCGCCGACACUUCUGUGGACUCCAACAAAUUAGUGUGAUGUGUGGACGCUCCGUGCGCGCGUGCUUGUGACAAUGAUUGGUGCUAUUCGGUUGCAUUUACCGUUCGUCAUUUGGUUGUCAAAUUCUGUUUGUCAUCUUUUAACGAUUUGAGCGCAUUACAACGGGCAUAUUUAAUUAUUGUAACUAUAAAGGUUCUUGCAUAAGCUGCUGCUGCUAUAUCUUUUAUUUGCACAGAACAGAUAUUCUACUUUCUGUCUGGUUGUAAAACAGUCUUCUUGCAAAACAAGUAUCUUUCGCAUCGUCCUUCGCUUGGUGUCGUACUUCUCAAAGAGACGCUUGAUUUGUCGUGGAACAUGGGCUUAAAGAAACAUUUGAGUUAUCUUGAAAAGGAUGGAGGAAAAGCCUAGUUGAGGCCUGAACAGAGCGUGUCGUUCCUGUGUUGUGUAACGCAUUAUGUAACGCCUCAGUGUCGUUCUGUCCGUGUAAGCAGCACAACAGCACGUAGGCUGAUCUCGGUGGUCUCAUGAAAUUCUCCUUCCACUUCUUUCGGCACCGGGUGGCGCCGGCGGUGUCGCUCCGGGUUCCAUUGGCUGUCUGGGUUCGUGUGCUGCUGUGUGCGCGCCGCUGGACGUUCUAUGUUGUGUGCCGGCGGGGCGGCCGGGCCCCGUCGCGUGUCGGCGCGUCGGCCACCGACCAUCAGUACAGCUGUCGGCGCUGCGGCGGCAGGCAGCCCCUUCUGUUGCCGGGAUCAGUGGGAAAUAUACCCAGUUUAUAUCCAGCGCA